CCUGGUAUGGUUGUGUUCGGCGAGUUGAGAGUUGUGACAUUCAGCACAACAUCAAACACGUGUUGUAAAAAUGCUUGAAUGGAUUUUGUAAUCAUCAGUGAUUAUUAAAACCCUCGGUGCGACCUAAUAGUUGAACUUACAGCGAAGUGUAAUUGUUCUUUGUUGUGUACAUUUGUUUCAAAAGCAAACAGUUGAAUUAUGAAACCUGGAACUAACAUAAAGUUGGGCCAGAAAAAGAAAAAUGCUCUUUCAAAACAAAAAAAAGCUGAUCUUGGUGCUAUGAGUGUGGAUGAUUUCAUGCAAAGUGGCUUUGAUAUAUCCGACGAGAGUGAAGACGAAAGUAAUGUGGAUGAAAAUAGAAACGGCAAUAUAGUUUCCUCCGAAGAAGAUCGUAAUGAUUCUGAUUCAGAAAAUGAGGGGGAAGAGGAGGAAAAUGAAGACGAUGGUGAAGGAGAAAGUGAAGAUGAAGAUGAGGAAAAUGAUUCUGACAUAGAUGGACUGGUUGAUGAUGAUGAUGAGGGGAGCGAAGGUGAUGAGGAGGGGAGCGGAGGUGGUGAUGAGGAGGGCAGUGAAGGUGAUGAGGAGGGCAGUGAAGGUGAUGAGGAGGGGAGUGAAGGUAACGAGGAGGGAAGUGAUGAUGAGCGGGAGGGUGAGAGCAGCAAUAGCAGUAAAAAGAAUAAGAAGAAAGUUAGUAAAAAUGAAGACGAUGAAGGUGAUUGGACUUCAGAGAAAUUUAGUCACAAAAAGGCUGUAGCUAAACUUAAAAAAUCAGAUCCAGAGUUUUACAAAUUCUUACAACAAAAUGACAAAGACUUGCUUAACUUUGAUGAAUCUGAUAGUGACACAGAAAGAAAGGGUGAUGAAGAAGCAGGAGGGAUAAUACAUAAACCACCAGAAAGUUUAGAGGUUGCUAGUGAUGAAAGUGAUUAUGAAGAUGGAGUUCAAAGAGAUUCUAGAAGUAUAACAUUGAAAAUGGUAAAGAUAUGGGAAAAUAGGCUUAAAAAAACUACGCAUAAAUCUUGUGAAACAAUUCAAGAAGUUAUUCAUGCUUUUCAUGCAGUGUUGGUGCGUGUUUCAACUGAAGAUGAUGAUGAAGGUGCUAAAUACGUUGUUACUGGAAGUGCAGUUUUUAAUGCUGUUAUACAACUGUGUGUGUUGGAAUUACAACCUGCUCUCAAAAAGUUUUUGAGAAUCCCAAGCGGCAAGCAUGUUGAUCCAUCAAAGAGCAAGUCACAGUGGACUAAAGUAUCAAAGAAUAUAAGUGGUUACAUAUCUGAUCUUGUUAAGCUUUUGGGUGGUGUUUCUUCUACAAGCAUCCUAGCUGUGAUGCUUAAGCAUUUGCAUCAAAUGGUUCCUUUUGCUGCGUGUUUUCCCAAGCUCUCCCAUCCAAUUUUAAAGAAAUUGGUUAUUCUUUGGUCUACUAAUGAGGAUUCUGUUCGUGUUAUAGCAUUUUUGUGCAUUCUCAGACUUACUACACACCAGCAGAACAAAAUACUGGAGAAAUUGUUGAAGAUGAUGUAUUUGUCAUUUAUUCGAAAUUGCAAAUUUGUUUCCCCAAGUACCCUACCAGCCAUUAAUUUUAUGCGUCGAUCACUUGUGGAAAUAUUAGCAUUGGAUGUUAAUGUAUCUUACCAACAUGCAUUUCUUUACAUAAGACAACUUGCGAUACAUCUACGGAAUGCUAUAGCUGUGAAUAAGAAGGAAAAUAUUCAAGCUGUGUACAAUUGGCAAUUUAUUAAUUCCAUUCAUCUAUGGGCUGAUCUUUUGGGAGCAACUGCAAAUAAUCCGCAGUUGCAAAGUCUGGUAUAUCCUCUUGUUCAGGUGACAAUAGGUGUAAUUAAACUUGUGCCUACUCCUCAAUAUUUCCCUCUCAGGUUUCAUUGUACACAAAUUCUCAUUGAAUUAUCAAAGAGGUCUUGCACUUAUAUCCCUGUUAUGCCGCUCUUGUUGGAGGUUUUGAAUACAUAUGAUUUUAAUAAGAGACACACAAAAGUUUCUAUGAAGCCUAUGGUAUUUACAUUUGUUGUUCGUUCUUCAAAAUCUGAUAUGUCGGAGAAUGGCUUCAAAGAUGUUAUAAUUGACACCAUUUAUAAGCAGAUAUUAGAGCAUUUAAGUAAUGAAGCACACAGCAUAUCCUUUCCAGACUUGAUUAUCCCAGCUGCCUCACAGAUUAAAGAAUUUCUUAAAAAGUGCAAGGUGCAUAAUUACUGUCGAAAGAUGAAACAAUUGUUUGACAAAAUUAUGGAAAAUGCACAAGUAGUGGAAAGUGAGAGGCAAAAGGUGAAUUUUAAACUCAGUGACCAAAAAUCAAUUGCUGCUUGGGAAUCACAGCUGAAGUUGAAGGGUACUCCUAUGUCAAAGUUUUAUGAAAAUUGGAUCAAGAUGUAUUCAAUUCAGCAGGCUAAGAAAGCUACGAGAAAUGAUGAGAUUGGAGAUUUCAAUUUACCAGUAUUGAAAAAGAGAACUCAUGAAGCGAAACCAAAGCCUGAAGGACCAGUUGUUUUGUUUCCAUCAGAUGAUUCUGAUAGUGAUGUUAAUUUGCCAGAGAUCAAUGGAACUGAUGAAGAUGGACCAAGAAACAAGAGAGGAAAACGUGGCAGUAGAAGUGGCCAAAGAAACGGGAAGAUUGUCAAACCAGUGAAUACUAGUAAUUCUCAGAAAAUGAACAAUGUUAAUUUAGACUUAGAUGAUCAAGAAGAUAUUGUGGAAGAUCUAAAAUUAGAAGAUCUUCAAUAGUGUAUUGUUUACACAGAUUUGUUUGUUGUAUAUAUUGUUUCAAAAUUGUGAUAAUAAAUUGUUUUAAUACAUGGUGAAGUUUUUGUAUCCCUUUUCUGGUAUCUGAAGUUCUAUUGACGUUUUAAAUAAGCCGGAUAGUGUUUAGUAAGUUUUCUUUGCAA